AUGAUAGGCAGAUCCCUCAUUGCUAAGCCUACACAUCCGUUGGUUAGAGCUUUCGUUGGAUCAAGCUCUCGGUUUAUACCAUGUACGCUUGCUUUAAGGCGAGUCAUUCCGAGGAGCAUUCUAUCAAGAGGUUAUUCGGUGGAUAGUGAAGCAACAAAACGUACAUUCGAUAUUUCGAAACUUACAAGAAGUGAAAUUCAACAAUUACGGGAACUGAAGAGAGCAAGGGAAAGGAAAUAUAAGGACCGCACCGUUGCAUUUUAUUUCAGCAGUGUAGCAAUACUUUUCUUAGGUUUGGCGUAUGCUGCUGUACCGCUGUAUAGGGCCAUUUGUGCGCGUACUGGGUUUGGUGGUAUUCCCAUAACGGAUAGAAGGAAAUUCACUGAUGAUAAAUUGAUUCCUGUGGAUACCGAGAAGAGAAUUCGUAUCUCGUUCACCAGUGAAGUGUCGCAAAUUUUGCCCUGGAAAUUCGUUCCUCAGCAACGUGAGGUUUUCGUUUUGCCUGGUGAAACAGCUCUAGCUUUUUAUAAGGCUAAGAAUUACAGUGACAAAGAUAUUAUUGGUAUGGCUACCUAUAGUAUAGCGCCUGGUGAAGCGGCCCAGUACUUCAAUAAAAUCCAAUGUUUUUGCUUCGAGGAACAAAAAUUAGCGGCUGGUGAAGAGAUAGAUAUGCCCGUUUUCUUCUUCAUUGAUCCCGAUUUUGCUAGCGAUCCAGCCAUGAGAAAUAUCGAUGAUAUUAUACUACAUUAUACAUUCUUCAAAGCACAUUAUGGCGAUGGGACAGCUGUAAGUGACUCUAAAAAGGAGCCUGAGAUGACUUCGGACGAAAAAGCGGCAUCGCUAGUUAAUGCUGCCAUUCUUUCUCCAGAAGUCAUAAACGCAAGGAAAGAUAAGCCAAAUUAA